GAGUGCAAAUAUAUUCUAAACGCAAGCAAUGGCACCAAGGAGAGAUGUAGGGUAAUAUAAAUGACAAAAGCUGAGGGAGAAUUUUAUGGAGCGGAUCAUGUUUAUGCCACAUCAGUCCUCGAGGUACUUUAGCUACCGAUCAAAAAUAAUACAUCAGACAAACUAAAAACCAUGUCAACGGGGGGAGCAAGGGCAAAAAUACAGAGUCAACAACAGGAAGUCAAACGACGAUGUCAUCUUCCAGUUGAACUGCAGAACGAUUUUUAUGCAGAUGUCAUAGUUAUUCAUUCCAGAAAAGAUGACGAACUUGCACAAACAUUCCUCUCUGACAUUCAAAAGCAUUUUGAAAGGGGAAAUGAUUACAUCAUAGUGAGUUAUCUAGACGAAAGGCUUCCCAUAGAAAAUGCGGGUGACUGCGACUUCAAGCGUUGUUCUGUUGCUUUUUUCAUAUUUACAGAAAAUUCAGUGAAAGAAUUUAAUACUUUGACGAAAGACAAAUAUCUCGACGAUUUGUUGUAUGAGGGGAAAUUUGUGCCAGUUUUAACAAAGCCAAAAGACAAACUUGUUCUUCCCAUGCGAGCCCGUGUCCCUGUCUCUCUGAAUUAUUUUAAGCAGACGUCAUUUCAAUUCCCACGUGCUGUUUUAGAUUUGCUACAAAACAACUCAGGAACACGCCGCACAAAAGAGAAACGUCACAAGAUGCAGGUUUCCGAGUAUACAACAGUUCAUUUACCCGAUCCUGUUAAUGAUACACCACAAAAAAUUAUAAAUAUAAAGGCCUACAAUGUAAUAGUUGGAGACCAUGGGACAAUCUUGGGUUACACUGAAGGCGAAAACGAGAACCUGACGAACUCCACCAGGACACACUCGAGUAAAUCCAAUAGAAGUCAAUUGACUAGUGAUAUUUUACAAUCAUUCAGGCAUGAUACAAAUUUUUCCAGAGAAAGCACGGCUUAUCCUUCCAGUUACCAGGAUGAGACAGGUACUACACAUAAAAAUUUUACAAGUAUGCAAACACCAUGUGCUUCCAUGAGCUAUUCAGGAGAUGAGCAAAAUUCGUCAAAAAUCUCAAAUCGGUCAGAAUCAAUCACCAGUACACCGACUGAGGAUUUUGCUUCCGUUGGAAGUGGACAUCAACCGAGGAUUGCAAGCUCAGGGCGGUUACAGAAAUUUGAGAUUCCAACACCCUCUUAUUCAGCUUUGUCAAGUAAUAUGCCGCUUCCAGUGCAGAUUUCUCCGAAUGAAGAAUUAAAUUUUACAAUCAGUGAAAGUUUUGGAAGCUUUCAUGCAGCCGGAGAGACAUCAAUUGAAAAAGCAUCUGGUGAUAGCAGCCAUAUAAAUCUCCCUUAUCCUCAACAAAUUUCCUGUGAUCAGAGUUUUAUGUCGGAUUUUCAUUCAUCUGUGUCUGCAAAUUCCACUGCAUAUACUUCGGAUUCGGAGGAAAAACCCAAUAUACCAUGGCAAAACGAAGGAAGAACAAAAGAUACUGCAAUUUUAAACGAUCAGAGCAUAUCGAUGAAACUGGGCAAUGUUGACAGAAUGAUUAAAACUGAGACCCCAUGGUCAAGUCAUCGAUACGAUGCAAGAAAGACUCCGAAAGAGGUCACCGAGAACUCAUCAGAUUCCUUGGUUCUUCGGGGAGAAGGCUUAGAUUUCAGCUCCUUGUUUGGAUCAAAUGAUUGAAUUGAAAUUUGUUUAAUUGAAAAAUAUUUUAUCUUAGUUCAAAUAAACCACUCAACUGGAGUGCAAACCUUCGAA